CUGUGUCUCUGCCUGCCUCCUUCAUUUUGCAAACCUGCUCUGCUUUCAUUUCAAUCAGACUUCAGGGACAAUAUCAACACUCGGCAGCUGCGUGCUGUCAAAGUGGAUGCAGGACUUCUAUUCUUUGAAAUGAAGGUGUUCUGAGAAAGCAGAAGGACUUGAGUUCUGUUUGCUGUGGUGGAUGUCUGUCCAUUGCAGUUUCUCUUCAUCAUGGCAGCAGCUCUGCCAGUGUGCUACCAUGGGGCAAUGACGAAAAAGGAGUGUGAAGACCUGUUGGGAAAGAAGAACAAGGAUGGAGCUUAUCUAAUUCGAGACAGCGAGACCAUCCAGGGAGCCAUGUGUCUGUGUGUCUAUAAAAGCAAGGUGGUGUAUACCUACAGACUACUUCAGGCACACACUGGAAACUACACUCUCCUGACAGCAGGAGGUGUCCAGGAGAUGUUUUUUAAGACUUUGGAUGAUCUCAUCCGUCAUUAUAAGAGGAGGAACCAGGGCUUGGCAAUGCACCUGCGACACUCUGUCAAAAGGAAGACGGCCAUGGUGAUCCGACCCCCUCAACCUCAACCUCCGCCUGAAGACGAUCCUGAUUAUGAAAACGCGCCUGAUUACGUUGAAGUCUUACCCUCCUGAACUCCACAAACUGUGACAUUUAGCGUCAAAUACACCAAGAGAGUGUAGAUGACGUGUUGGGAAAAAGACUGAACUAUGGGAUCUUAACAAAAAAUGGACGACUGGUUCUCAGACCGCAUCAUUUUUUGGACUAACAAAGACUUUUAUCUCGAAAAUGGAUAUAUGCUUCCUGUAAAUGCAUGCGCUCUCAGAUUGGUCUUUUACUCUCUUGUUUUAACUUGUUUGCUAUUUUGCUGGUAGCCACUGUGACUCCUUUAAGCUGAUGGUCAGUUGUUGAGAAAAGGGAAAUGAUCA